GUCCUCGUUGGUUAAAACGACGGAAGCUGUCAGAUCGAGAGACUUUCCUCUGAUCUGCUGAAAUUUACUUUCUAUACAAUUAUGGAAGGUAAAUUAAAAAAGGAGCUGGGGACCACGACGCUGAAGCCAGUGGGUCACGCAGGCGGUGGAUGCAUCAGUGAGGGCCAGAGUUACGAUACCGACCAUGGGAGAGUGUUUGUAAAGAUCAACCAUAAAAGCGGGGCCAAAUUGAUGUUUGAUGGAGAGAUGUUGAGCCUGGAAACUAUUUUAAAGACCGAAACUGUCAAAGUCCCAAAGCCAAUAAAGGUGAUUGACCUCGACACAGGAGGCUGCGUAUUUGUGAUGGAGCAUCUGGACAUGAAAAGUCUCAAUAAGUUCUCUAAACAGCUAGGAGAGCAGCUGGCCGAUCUACACCUUCACAUCAAAAGACAAAUGGAAAAACAAAAUAAAGAUCAGCAAACUGUAGGUAAAGGGGCUGGACAAACCGAGAUGGCUCCUAUUGAAAAUUAUGGCUUUGGAGUAAACACUUGCUGUGGAUAUUUAGCACAGAAUAAUGAUUGGCAGAGCGACUGGGUGCAGUUUUACUCCCAGCAAAGGCUGCAGCAUCAACUGAACUUGGUGGAGAAAUCACACGGAGAUCGAGAGGCCCGAGAACUGUGGGCAAAACUACAGCUGAAGAUCCCAGAGUUUUUCACCAAUGUGGACGUUUUCCCUGCCCUCCUUCAUGGAGACUUAUGGGGAGGCAACGUGGCAGAAUAUGCAAAUGGCCCAGUCAUCUUUGACCCAGCUUCCUUCUAUGGCCACUCAGAGUUUGAGUUGGCUAUUGCUGGGAUGUUUGGUGGCUUCAAUAGCUCCUUUUACUCUGCUUAUCAUGAUAAGAUUCCUAAAGCACCAGGAUUUGCACAAAGAAACCAGCUUUACCAACUCUUUCAUUACCUGAAUCAUUGGAACCACUUUGGUGGUGGCUACAGAGGUUCUUCGAUAAGAAUAAUGAAGGAUUUGCUCAAAUAAAAAUUCUCAUAGAUACUUAUUAAAAAAAAAAGCUUUCAUGUCUUAAUGCAAAACCCAAAACAUUGGGCAGAGAGUGAAUGUUUCAGCUAAUUCCCAUCACAGGACUGAUAAAGUAUCCACUUACUUAAUAUAAUUUCUCUGACACUGUGUUGAAAGUGGAGAAAUACGUUACUGUAGAUUAAAUGAUUUCAAUACCCUGCUUCUCUUAAUCCAGUGAAUAAAACAGCAGCGAAAUCAGUCAAGUAAAGGUUUAUUUUGGGGCGUUUAACUAAGAAAUCCUAACUAGUAGAAUGAAAAGAAGUUUGACAUCACACCAAGAAGCUGGUAAAAUGGUCUUAAUAACACUAUUGCCAUUUUAGGAUCGUGCAUGGACUUCCUACCCAAUUCUACUUUAACCUUUAGUUAGUUUAUGAUUAACUUAGUUUGAGACCUUAUCUCAGGUUCCCCCCUUGCUGUUAACACAACCAGACUUUAACCACAUGAUCAUAAAUAGGUAAAAACUCCGGUUCAAGUUAACCUAUUUACCUACUGGGAUUUAUAUAAUUGGAUAUUUUUGUUUAGAGUGGCUUGGCAGAGGAGCAAAUGCUGUUAAUCUGCUCAAUUUUCUUUUUUCUUUUUGUUUCCAUUGUAUUUGAACCCAAAUAAAUUAUACUGGUGUGUAAAUGUGGUUUGAUUUCAAUAGAACUCCAGUUACUGUCAUUUUAGUAGAUUGGAUUUAUGCAUUCCUGUACUCUGAGAGUCUUACAGAAAUCCCUGAUUUGCACUGGUUGACAAACAGUCUGCUGUUAAACCAACAAUAAAUUAUGCAU